UUUGGUGGAACGUUACAGGACGGCUGUUAUUCAUCCUAUGCAACAUGGCGCCGAAAGGAAAGUCGGGAGCAAGUAAUGCAGAUUUGAAGCAAGAAGAUAUUGUACAGGCAGUUGUCUUUGCUGACAGCUUCAACACAAACUUUGCACCAAUUUCAGCUGAUAAACCAAGGGCAUUGUUUCCUGUAGCCAACACUGCAUUGCUGGACUAUACAUUAGAGUUUCUAUGUUCUGGUGGAGUACAGGAGAUCUUUGUUCUGUGCUGUCAUCAUGCUGGCCUAGUUAAACAGCAUCUUCAGAACUCGCGCUGGAAUGAGAAGAGUUCCCCAUGUAAUGUUGUACCUAUUGUAUCUGAGGGUUGUAUGUCAAUGGGAGAUGCACUGAGGGACAUAGAUGCCAAGAGCCUCAUCAGGAGUGAUUUUAUACUCAUCUAUGGAGAUGUUGUCUCGAACAUCAAACUGCAGCCUAUAAUGGAGGAACACAAAAAGAGGCAUGAGAAGGAUAAAUCCGCCAUAAUGACGAUGGUGUUCAGACAGGCGCCUCCAGGACAUACUACGCGCAGUGCCCAGGAUGAUGUUAUACUGGCCAUUGACAACCAAACACAGAAUGUCAUUCAUUACCAAAAAGUUGGAGAAACAGGGAACAGAAGAUUUCAAUUUCCUUUGGAGGUGAUGACAGAACAUAAAGAUGUACAGAUACGUUAUGAUCUCCUGGAUGCCAACAUCAGUAUCUGUUCUCCACAAGUACCGCAGCUGUUCACAGAUAAUUUCGACUAUGAAACCAGGGACAGCUUUGUCAGGGGCAUUCUUAUUAAUGAAGAGAUUAUGGGUAAUACAAUACAGAUGCAUGUUGUCAAAGAUGCUUACGCUGCUAGAAUAUCUAACCUACAGAUGUAUGAUGCAGUGAGUCAGGAUAUAUUAAACAGAUGGACAUUUCCCUUUGUACCUGACAGUUGCUACAGACAUAACAAAGAUAGUAUUUCAUAUGGAAGGCAUAAUGUUUAUAUGAGUAAAAAUGUUACCCUUGCAAGAGAAUGCAAGAUAGAGGAGAAUGUAUUACUAGGGAAUGGUUCAUCAGUUGGAAGCCAUACAGUCAUCUCACAUUCUGUCAUAGGCAGAAAUUGUCAAAUAGGUAAAAAUGUCACUAUCAAAGGAUCUUACCUAUGGGAUGGUGUUACUGUAGAAGACAACUGUAAAAUAGACACUUCAUUAAUCUGUGAUAAUGUUACUGUCUAUGACAAUGUUAUACUCUGUCCAGGAUGUGUGCUAAACUCACAAGUAUCUGUUGGUCCAGAUGUAGAACUGAAGGCGGGAACUGUUGCUGUAUCUAGACUAGAGGAGGAUGACUUCGGAGAGGAAGUGGAUGCUACAGAUGGGGAUAUAACAGAAGCAAUGUAUGGAAGUAAGGCCAGGGCAUUUACAUAUAAAGAUCCUGAUGAUGAUAUGAGUGAUACAGAAGAAAUUACAAAACAUAUCUGGGGGUUGACGGUAGAGUCCGAGAGCUCGGAGGAAGAGGACAGUGAUAGAAGCAGUGAGAGUGGUUCUGAACCCGCUAGUCUGCCACCAGAUGUACCUGUGUAUUACACAGAAAUGUUGGACACGAUCCAGAGGUCAAAAGAUGAAAACAUCAGCCCAGAAAAUCUCAUACUAGAAAUAAACUCACUAAAACAUGCAUAUAACAUUACCAUUAAAGAAUUGACUGGUUUAGUUGUAAAAGUAAUGUUGGAGCAGCCAUUCUCAGAGAAUCCCAGUCUAGCAGGGGCAGAGGCUAUCAAAGUGCUAAAAGAGACUUUGGCAAGACAUAUGUCAGUGCUUCAAAACUACAUCAAGAAUGAGGAAUCUCAGCUUCAAUGUUUGAAGGCAGUUGAGGUGUUUGGCACAGCAAGUUCUGUCAAUAUGGCCUUGGUUAUGAAGUUGAUUCAUUUCCUGUAUGAUUCUGAUAUCCUAGCAGAGCAGUCUAUUUUUAGAUGGUACAAAGCACCACCUAGCAACAGCAGCCAGGACAAUCUAGAUGAUGUUGAUGGGGAAGAAAUUGAAAAUAAACAUGCAGAAAUAAGAAAACAUGUGGCGCCACUAAUCAAAUGGUUGGAGGAAGCAGACGAAGAAUCAUCAGAAGACGAUUGACUGGUGCUCAUAUUUAGUUUCUACACCAUCAUGUUCAUCAUCAUAACCUUGACAUUGUUGAUGCAGCUGCAUGAGCUAAAUAUACUCACAUUCUGGAUGGACAGUAAAUGUGAUAGGCGUGUCAGUUACAGUUGUUCUGUUUUUUAACCUGUAGCCUGCUGGCAGCAAGUAAUUAUGCCUUUGCGACCAGUGCAGACCAAGAUGCAGGCUGAUCUUGUGAUCUUGGUCUUGGCUGUUCCCUAUUCAGUCAGUAAAUUUCCAGUGAUUACCCCUUUGGAUACGAAGUGGUACUGGCCAAAUUGAAUGAUGGACCGGUCCAUUUUAGAAAUUUAGCAGGGUAAAGGUUAAAGAGUAUAUAACUGUGAAGUAAACAGGGUCAUUUGCAAUAUUACUUAGUCAGUAUAAUAGACCAGUGAAGAAUGAGGAAAAAUGACUGAGGAAAAGUUUAGAAGUACUAAUAGAGACAGUUUGAAAAAAGUCACCGUCAGGAUGGAUCUGCAUUCAGUGAAUUCCUGGAAGUUGGGAGGCAAUAAACUAAAUAAAAACAUUAACCUUGCAUGUCGGUAUUUAUUUAUGUAACUUCAAAUGUGCUGGUGUGAAGUUUUCGUUGUAAGAAUCCAUAAAAUGGUUGUUUUAUGUAUAAAAUAAAGAUUUCUUGCUUCA